CACCGCGCCGUGUCCGCACCGCGCCGUUCCCAGCCGCGCUGCCGGCUCCGGGAGCGGCCCAGCCCGGGGCGGGCGGAGGCGGCGGCUCAGAGCGGCGGAGCCGGUGCGGAGGGACCGGGGCUGCGUUGGAGGGUGCGGGCCGCACUGCCCAGGCUCAGGCCCCGCUGCCCGGGCCCAGCGCUCCGCGGCUGCCGGAGCUGAGGGCGGGCCGGGCCGGGCGCUGCGCGGGGCCGCCCCUUCUCCGCGCCGCCGCUGUUUCCUGCCCGGCCGGCGGAGAGCCGGGCUGCCGGCGGAGGAUCUGGACUUGCCAAGAUGCCCAUCCCUAUUGAUGAUGUGAUGCAGCUGCUCUGCCAUGUCUCCGAGGCGAGGGGCAUGAAAGCUGCUGUCAAGCAUUCUGGUCGGGGAGCACUGCUGGCUGGUGCCACAGCUUUUCUGGGGGGGCUCAUGGGAGGCCCGCCUGGAAUUGCUGUAGGAGGAGCAUUUGGUGGAUUGCUUGGUGCCUGGAUGACUUCUGGACAAUUCAAGCCAGUCCCUCAGAUUUUACUGGAAUUGCCUCCCAUUGAGCAGCAGAAACUCUAUGAUGAAACCGUGGAUAUUAUCAGGCACUUAGACUGGACUGAUGUUGCUCAGCUGACUGCUCUUGUAAUGGGAAACGCUGGUCUCCAGCAGAAGCUGACAGGAGUGCUGAUCAAUUACCUCUCCAAGGAGCUAAGAGCACAGAUAGAGUAUGGAGAAUGAUCCUCUACAGAGCAGGCUUUUUACGUUGAAUGAAUUUUACUCUGACAGAUGUGAAUCCUCAGCACAACAAUUACUAAUUAUCAGUGCUAAUUAUAAAUAUAGGCCAAUUAAGUAUUUUUGGGUGUUGGGGUUUGGGCUUUUUUUUUUAUUUUUGAUUUGUGUAGAUUUGUAAGGAUAGUAUUAGAUUACUGCAUUAUCAUGACACUGACUUCCUAUGUAAUUUUGGAUUGCUCUGUGCUAGGACUAUUUCAGAUUGUUGAAGGGAAUUAUGCUGCUCUUAGGCUAAUGUGUCRCUUGUGAAAAUUUUCUAAAUAAUUUUGUUUUAUUUGGGAAACCUAAUUCUGUUGGUGUAAGUGCUUUAAGUUUUUCUCCCCCAUGAAUGACRUGUAAAGUGCCAAAGUAGCUAGGGCACUUGGAAGAAUUUUACCUAUUGUCUGUUUCAGCCCUGCAAAGGCAAGUUUUAUAAGAAAGUACAUUACUGUGAAUGCAAAGGACGCUAUCCUUACUUUAUUGUUUGUCACAUUUUUAUUAUAAUCCUUGAGUAAUCUUUUUUCUAUGUAACAAGUGAAGCAAAUACCUAAACAAGAUUUCAAGCAACAGGAAAACAAACUGUGAACAAUUUCAAUUCAAUUUUCACUAAGUUCCUGGUGCCCUAGAAUGGGAAGAUGUGGYAAGAAUACUUUUAAAAAAUAAUGGGGAGCUGGAUCUGCUAGUUUUAUAUUGGCUCCAUGAUUAGGGUUGCCAUUUCAGCAUUGGUUUCUUGACUGAGUCUGAACAGCUGGUCUUCUGCUUUUAUUAAAAUAUUCAUAAGAAGCAUCAUAAGAAGCAUCAUAAGAAGCAUCAUAAGAAGCAUCAUAAGAUCUGUGGGUUGCUUUAAAUUAAAUGACCUCUUUAAAAACUCAGCCAGGGCUGUACUGGGCACCCAGCAGUUGGCAGCAGUGGUGGUGCUGGUGGGGUAAUGUACCAGCUGCUGCUAUUACUGUAAGCACCAAAUGCCAUGAUGCUGAAUGUCCCAGCCAGUUGUUCACAUUUGGUUUCAAGGCACUAGUAAGAAAAGUCUGUAGGUAGAAAAAUGUGCMGGUGCGCCUUCUUUUUUUAUGUAAAGACAAGUGAAACUGCUCUGACAAGUSAAUUUUUUGCCUAAAAUAAAGAUUUUUCUCUGUGUGUA